CUGGCGAUGCCAGGUGAGUGACGUCAGCCGCCCGCUCUGCGCCUGCGCAGUCGGUGUCUCCCGUGUGGUUGGAAGAACGGUGGAGCAGCUUUUUUUUUCUUUAGGAUAAAGCAAAAAAAAACUAAACAAAAAAACAAAACAAACCCCGAAGACACGUGUAGAGUAAGGCGGCCGGAUGGGACUCGGGGCUUGUCGGCAGUGCUUGGAGGGAAAGGUCAGCUGUAUGUACAGCCUGCGGCGAGCAGUGAAAAUGAAUUUUCAAUGGUAUUUGAAGCCUGAUGAGUAAGUCUUCAGCAUUUUUGACCAUCAUGGAGGAAAAUAAGAUGCCAGAAGCAGCUCCAGAAAGUGGGAGUAAACCUCCAUCAACAACGCCUGCUUACUUUGUUAUCUUACACCAGUCUGAGGGUGAUGAAAAAGAAGAAAGGAUCCUUGUAGCCAACCGAGAUGCAUCUGCGGUUGCGCCACUUGUCCAGCCUGGACCUCACGAAUCAAAAUCAAAUGGCUUUCUGUCAGCUGAUUGUAUUUCUGGAGGAAUUACUGUAACCCUGGAUAACAACAACAUGUGGAAUGAGUUUUACAGCUGUAGUACAGAGAUGGUAUUAACUAAGCUAGGAAGAAGGAUGUUUCCUUAUUGUCGCUACUGGAUAUCCGGUAUGGACCCUUACCAGAAGUACAUCCUUGCUAUGGACAUCACUCCAUUGGACACUCACAAAUACAAGUGGAAUGCCAAGUGGUGGGAGCCUGGUGGAAAAGCAGAACCGCAUGUAUUAGGAAGGACGUUCAUUCAUCCUGAGUCUCCGUCAACAGGGCAGUACUGGAUGCACCAACCUGUUUCUUUCUAUAAGCUAAAGUUAACUAAUAAUGUUUUGGACCAAGAAGGUCACAUUAUCCUCCACUCUAUGCACCGCUACUUGCCAAGGCUACAUGUUAUCCCUGCUGACAAGGCCAUGGAAGUAAUACAGCUCAAUGGACCUGAUGUUCACACCUUCACCUUCCCACAGACAGAGUUUUUUGCAGUUACUGCAUAUCAGAAUGUUCAGAUUACCCAACUAAAGAUUGACUGCAAUCCUUUUGCCAAAGGCUUUAGGGAAGGGACUAUGGUGGGGCGGCCUCCUAAAGAAGGCAAGCCUAAGAUUUUCACAGAAGAUAAAGAUUCACCGGGUAGCAAAAAGUUAGAACAUGAUGAUCCAGAAAGCACUGAAAAACGAAAAGAGUCUAUUUCAUUGUCUGAGCAGUCUGAUGGUGACACUGAAAAUGAAUCGGUCAAUGCCAAGCAAGAAUUACGAAGUCUUUCAAAUUCGCAGAACACGGUCCUACAGAAUUUACUCCUAAAACUAAAUCAACUUAGCAGUUUGGGUGACGCACGUACUGUGACAACUCCAAUUCCAACUCCAACUCCAACUCCAACUCCAAUUGUAUCUGUACCUGUACCUGCACCUGCACCUGCAAACCAGCCUCAAAUUAAAAUCAAGGAAGAACCUGAGGACAACUAUGAUUACAAUAAGUCUCAAUCUAACAUGGGAGUACAGGUUAAACAAGAGGACUCUGAUGACGACGUAACAGAUGAGUACUCGCACAGCGAUGAUGACUAUCCAAUAUUAGAGAGGCACUUUGCACAAUUUAGUACAAAGCUUCACUCAGAUAGGAAGCAAUCUGUAAGAAGUCCAUCUGGAGUGGCAAAAGCAAAAUUGCUGAAACUUGAAGAAGGUAAAAUGCCAGUGGUGUACCUGGAGUCAUGUUCCACUAAGAAGACUGCUGAGAAUGUUUCAAAUUCGCAAGAGCCUGCGUUGCCUAAUACAGCAAUGCAGAGCAUUAAACAAGAAGAGUGUAGUGACAUUUUCCCAAGCAUUAUUACUUGUAAAAGGGAACCAUUUAGCAGAUCUGAUGAGAAAAGAGCUAUUAAAAGAAAAAUUUAUGCCGACUACGCUGUCCCACUUAAUGUACGAACCAGUCGUGGACGCAGAAAGAAGUCCCCUUCUGCUUCAGACAAGCCCAGAGCAACCAAGACCCCAGUAAUUGAGAAUGGUGAGGCACCUAUAAAGAAAAGAAGGGGGAGACCUCCGAAGAACAAAGGUGCUAAAGUAGGACGCCCCCCAAAGAAGAAGCCGCCUAUAGAAACUCCACAGUUGUUCCCAGAUUUCAAGCCAGACUUAGAGGAUGUGGAUGGAGUGCUAUUUGUCGCUUUUUCUUCAAAGGAAGCACUGGAUGUACACACAGGAGGAAAGCCUAAGACUGAUAUACCAUCACCUCCUCCAAACCCAGCAGUGCAUGUAGAAUUGACAGAGGAACAACAAAAAAUUGUAAAUUUGGAGACACAGCUCCUGGUUCAGCUUAAGGCAAUGAAACACAGACAGGUCAUUCACCCUGCCCUUCAGCAAGUGGGGCUAAAGCUGAACAUUGUAGACCAUGCAAUGAGUAUUGACCUAAGGUAUCUAGGAGUUGAGCUUCCACUUCCUUACAUCACCAGUGACUCCAGAUGGGAUAACUGUGGAUUAAGUUCAGAAGGUCUUCCUUUUGUGUCUAGGACAGGAAAGACAACUGACUAUACAAAGAUUAAAGGUUGGCGGGAUAAAUUCUCAACAAACCCACCGAUAAAAAGUGAAGCUGGUAGUUCAGAGACAACGUUGAAGAAUCGCUCAGCCUUCUGCAGUGAUGAACUUGAUGAGUAUCUAGAGAAUGAAGCGAAGCUGAUAGAAGACAUUAGAGGAACUUCUCAAAAUGAGACAGUUGUAUCAACUGUUAGUUUCCAAUUUCCCACCAAAAGUGCCAGUUAUGUGAGAACACUUGACAGUGUGCUGAAGAAGCAAGCUCUUCAAGCAUCAUCGAAUUCUGUAAAGAUUUCAAAGCCGUCUCCUCCUCCCCAGCCAGUGAAAAAGCGCAAAUAUACGCGCCGAAGCUCAACUCCAAAGUUAAAAUUAAAAGCUGAGCCCGUAUUGCCGUCUCCAGUAGCAUGGGAGAAACCGGUCAAGUCCCGUUCCCCACGGAAGCCAAAAAGUCCAAAGGGAGCAAAACUUUCUUCAUCACUGUGUGUAAUGAGUCCUGUUACAUCUAAAACUGAAGAGAGACCACCUUUGUCUGAAGAUGAUGUGACAGUCCAGCCUAGUGGUCUAACAUCUGGGGAGGAAAGUUUGCGGUCAAAAUUGCCCUAUACUCCCUUUCAGAGUCUACCGUUUACACCAAGGUCCACUGGAAUUUCUAAAGUUCAAAUUAAACUUAUGAAACUUGAAGAGAGUGCUAUAUACCAAGGGAAGCCACGCACUUAUGUCACUGAGGAGCGUGCCGAGAUUGCCCUUUCUGCUCUACUUACUGUCCAGGGUUUCUUAAAAAAAAGAAAACCAUCCCACAAAAUGAUCAGCAAGCGGACACCCCCAUGCAAAAAUAAAUUUUGCCGUCUUGGUUGUAUAUGUGCAAGCUUGAAUCGUGACGAGCGCAAACCUGUUCAUUGCCGGCAAGAAGCCUGUAUGUUUGGUUGUGACUGUGUAAAUGGUGAACCGUGUUCUGAAAAAGAUGGACUGAAUGUUGCACCAACCAGAUGCAAACAAAAUGUUGGUGAGGAUGUGGAUACCUCCACUGAAGAUAAACAUGAUGGACAGUCAGAAAAGCACACUCAUGUGAUGGCUGAGUCCAGCGAAUCUCAAGAAGAGAUGGAGAAACCUUGUAAAUCAGUGCGAGGUAUACCAGGAGUAGAAGCAAUUGGGAUUCAUUUAGGGGAUUCUGCUGACAGCAGUUUGAAGAACUGGUCCCCAAAAGUUUUUCCCAUUUGGGAUAGAUCUGAUGUGGAUAAUGAUCCAGAGCCUCUUUGUAUUCCUGAAAAAGGUGAAGUAUUUGAAGGUAAACCUCCAUACCAUAGAGGAAAAUCCGAGAGGGGCAAGUCCUCUGCAAGUAAAUCCUCUCAUCUCCACACUCCUAGACCUGCAGUUUGCCUGGAGGAUUUGGAUUCUGAAGAUGUGCAGCAAUUAAAUAGUAUGACAUGCGCACGUGUGAGGGGCUACAAGCCUAAGGUAACCGAGGAGAAAGCCAGAAAAGACCAAGACCCUUGUACCAACUCUGAGACCGCUGGAAAGGAAAAUAGCCAUAAACCAAACAAGUACAGAGAACGUGAAAAGGAAAAUGCGAGAGACAAUAGUGAAGUUGCUGAAAAAAGGCACAAGAAAACAGACCGCAGCAACCCCGCCAAGUUACUCAAUAUCAUCUCAGACUGCAGCCGGGAACAGGAUCCCCAAAAAAUCCUCAAUAUCGUCUCACAGCAGGUUGAUAAAAAUGAACCAAAGUCCUUUAGAGUAGGCAGCCUCAAUAUCGAGCUGACUUCAGACAAUAAGGAUGGAGAUGUAUCGAAAUCAUCUGCCACUUCUCAUGUAAAGAUCUCAAUGGCUCCAGACCAGAAAACCGAUCAGGUCACAGAAAAACCACCUUCUGUAAAGGGGAAGACGGAAGGGAUAAAACUUCCUGAGCAAAUACCCUUAGAAACCCAAUCUGAGAAUGAAAUAAAGUCUCAUGGAGGGAAAGGUCUUCCAUUCUACUCCAAGGUCAUUCCAGCUGGAAAGUUGGUCGCUCAAUUAAAAAAUUCUACCCUCAACCAGUCAGAGCUCAUUCAGGUCAAUGGAAAAACAUUUCCACAGGCUAAAUUGUUGUUGGGUCAGAUGGGAGCACUUCAUCCAGCAAAUAGAAUUGCAGCUUAUAUUACACAUAGACUGCGACCUAAUCUGCUUUAUUUGUCUAAAGAAGCCAGUGCCAAAGCAGCUGCUAAUAAUGCUGGGUCAGAAUCUUCUACGGCAAAUGAAAAUGUGAAAGUUGCCACAGAUGGACAGAAAAAUACUGUUGCUUCACCACAGAGUAAUACUGUUUUACCAUCUACACCCAGUGGUGUCUUCACUCAGGUUGUCACGGGUGAAGAUGGAAGUCUAGAAAAGGAAAAUCCUGAAGUCAGAUCACCUGAACCCAGUGCUGUGGAGUUGCCAAAGAUACAUAUGCAGUCUUCUCCACUAGUACUUGUAUCUACUCCAGUAUCAUCAAGCAGUGCGGUUACAGUUGUCUCAUCUUCUUCUGUGAACAUGGUAUCAACUACACCGUCAUUGUUGUCUGGUGCUGCUUCACCCAUUAAAAACCAAGCUGCCUCUUUAUCUACACCCCUAAUACAAGCAACUAAACUAGUAACAGAAGACUCCUCUCUCCCUGUAACUGCAACUUUAUCAAAUGACACCACCAGCACAGUUAGUUUAACAUCUGUUCCUUCUCAGUGUGUGUCAAUACCACCUCCAGCUUUAACCAGAGCUCCUUGUCCACCUGUGACUUCAACUGUCCAUCCACAAGCCUAUCCAGGUACUAAUAAAACUCUUGCUGCUUCAGUGGCUUCAACUUUGGUCGCUUCAGCCAAUCUGCCAACAAUUGGGUUAGUUGGUUCCCCAACUGGAAGACCUACAGUAACACUAAGAACAGUAAUCUCGCCUUCUGUAUCAACACCAAUGGCUACCUUAACAUCAGGACUUGAUAAGCGAUUGGGUCCUCGACUUCUCCUCAUACCAGUAUCCAAUGGCUCUGCCCCUGUUCGCCCAGUACCGAGUGUGCAGACAAGUCCUGGCCAGAAAAUGGUGUUACAACCCAUUAAGGGUCCUAAUGGAAUCAACUUGUUCAGGCACCCAAAUGGGCAGAUUAUCCAGCUUUGGCCAUUGCAAUCGAUUCAAGCUGCUAAUGUUCAACAAACCCAGCGAGUUGUUAUCCACAGUCCAGGUCAAGGUCCUGCAGUGAGUGUUCAACUACCUCUUAAAACCACGACUGAUGAUGCCACGACUGGUUCUGCUACCACUGGGUCAUUAUCUGUUCCUCCUACACCUGCUCUACAAACUGUCUCUCUUUCUAAGAUCAGCCCAGUUAAAUCCGGGGUUACAGUAAUUCCAACAAGUCCAUCUAAAAUUGCUACAAUUCGAAUAGGAACACCGCCUAGAGCUAGCAGUGAGGUGUCUCCAUCUGGCACCAAAGUUUUGUCGUACACUAGUAGUGGUUGUGGAGUUCUUGCAUCCACCGACAUUCCCCUUCGAACAGGAGGCCUGCCAGUACUAAAGUGCUCAACGACUACUGCCCUAAGCUCCAGCCCACUGGAUUCUGCUGCUAAACCCAAAAUUAUAUUGAUGACCAGUAAACCUGCAGUGUUGAUGGAUGCCAACAAAUUAACAAAUUAUUCGUUCUUGAAAUCUGCAGUGAUUGUUUCAACAAGUGAGAAAAAUGCAGAAAGGGAAAAUGGUAAGGAAUGCAAAGGAAUAUCCAGCUUGGAAACUGAUAAUGCUGCUAAUAUGGUGAAGGAUCAAAGUGGACCUAAAGAUUCUGUUACUUCUGCAGAGCAGGAGGUUUUGACUCGGUCAAUAAAGAAAAUGGGAGAAACUGAGGAAAUGAGCACAAUCCCAUCUCAGAUAAUGGUUUACGGAAAUCAAUCUAAAAAGUCAGAUAUUGCAAGUGGGGCAUUGUUGCAAGUUACCAAUAACCAGGAUUCCUUGCAUUCUUUACAGAAAAGCUCUGAUGGUUCCACAGAUGUAGAAGCUGGAAGUCUCUCACAAACAAUUAUUGCUGAAAGUGACUGUAAUGUUGAAAAUUCAAUGUCUGAAAAUGCCCAAGAUCCUGCAAAUCCAGCAGCCAAAAAUGCCCAAGAACCUGAAAAUCCAGCAGUUGAAAAUGCCCAAGAUCCUGAAAAUACAGUGUCUGAAAGUGACCAGGAUCCUGAAAAUGCAGCUGCUAAAAGUGACCAGGAUCCAAAAAAUCCAGAGGCUAAAAGAGCCUGUAUUCCUUUGGAACAAGACAAUAGACAUACUGUAGAAUCCACAUGUAGUACUGUAAAGGUACAGACAAAAGAAGAUUCAGAGGUUAAUCAGCAAACGCCAAAUAGAUCUGAGCAGGACGAAGGCGAUAAAGAUGGAAAAGGUGAUGUGGUCACUGAUUUUCCAACAAUAAAUGAGCAAGAUGAAAACUUUCCCUCGGAUCCCAGUUACAAUAGUAGCGCACGAGAAAGUGAACAGAAUUCACAGAGUGAGGAUGAAAGUGAAGCCGAUGACUCCAUUGACAUUGAAACAGUGGAAGAAAUCUCUGAGGGGAUUAACAUUGCUCAUCUUAAAGCAACGGCUACUCCAGUCGCAUCAUACAGUGACAAAAGCACUGUACUUGUAAAGAGACGGAAGAUGGGCUCCAAGGUGAACGGAGAUGAUACGUUUCCAGUAGAAGAAGUAGAUGUGGUGUAUGUUUCACAUCGUAAGAACCACACAGCAAAUGAGCGAAAGCGAAGAAAUGAAAUGAGGGAUCUUUUCGAGGAGCUGAGGAAAUCUCUGGGCCUUUUCAGACUUCCAAAAGCUUCAAAAAUCCAUAUUAUUAAAAAGGCAAUAGAAGAAAUUGAGGGAUUAACAGAUACAGCGGAUAGCCUCAUAAAGCAAAAGACCUUGAUGUCUCAGAAACAGAGUCAGUUGAUUAAGAAAGUGUCAAAUCUCUCAGGAAAACCAAAGGAAGUUGUGAUGAAGAAACUGGAAUACUUAUAUGCAAAGCAGAGUGCUUUAGAAGUAGAAAGUGAAAAAAGUGCUUUAGAAGGAGAGCAUCAAAAGAGUUCUUCGGAAGCCGAGCAUCAGAAGAGUUCUUCGGAAGCCGAGCAUCAGAAGAGUUCUUCGGAAGCCGAGCAUCAGAAGAGUUCUUCGGAAGCAGAGCAUCAGAAGAGUGCUUUGGAAGCCGAGAGUAGGAAGAGUGCUUUGGAAGCCGAGAGUAAGCAAGACUUUGUGGAACAUCAUACUCUCAUAGCAUCUGUAAACAAACCUCCUCCACCUUUACCACUCUUGAGAAUGGAGAAUAAAGCCAAUUGUGAAACUUCAUGUAGUAAAACUAAGAAGCCAAUCAUACUUGCAAGGAAUCAUGUGCUGCAUUCAGCGGGAACACAGCAGCCAGUUGUCAUACCUAUACCCAAUUUACCAAGGGAUUCUUCAGGACAACUGGCAGCAGUGAAGGAAGCCAUUGUUGGACAGGUUGCUGGCAUUCCACCAACACUUGUGUCGGCUGAUGUGAGACCGGCACAGAUGCCAACAGGAAUGGCUUCUGUGGUGAUUCAGCUUCCUGGUACAAUACAGCUGAAGGGUGAAAUUAGUAAUACCAGUAUUCCCAUCACUUUGUCUGCUGUGUCUCACACCAUCUCUACAAUAGAAUUAUCUUCUUCCGAUUCAGAAAAUGAUGAUGACCUGUCCAUGAUGCCCAGGAUUGUCAACGUCACAUCCUUAGCUGAGGAAGCUUCUUCAGAUCUGUACCGGGACAUCAUGGGAUUCCAUACUGCAGCGACUAAGGCAGACACAGAUACUGAGGUUAACACCCUGUUGGCAAAGGAGACUGCUGCUAGUGAUCUUUUGUCGGAUCAAGCAGAGAGAGACCUGUCCUCCGCAAAACAAUUACCAUCUACAUCCCAUCUAGUGGUCACCACAGAAGAAAAACUUUCCAUAAGUCCCCAAACGCAGAAUUCUUACUCCAGUCUUCCAGAAAAUCUCCCCCUGGCCAAAGUCAGUAUUGUUAAUGCCGAGGUAUCCUCGGAAAGUGGAAAGUCGGCUUUGGAUAAUGUCUUGGAGAAUGUCAGAGACUCUGAACUAGAGCUGGAACUAAAACAACUUUCAUCUGCUAUAGAGGAAGCAGAUUUGGACCCCAACGAGUUAUCGGAUGUUAUGGCUGAUCAAGAAGAUGAAACGUUCUCAUCUCUUUUGAAUGAGAUUGCUUUCUUGAAUCAGCAGUUAAACAAUGACCCCAGUGAAAUGGGCUGUGACUUCCCAGCGGCAGACACACUAUCCCAGGAAAGUAUUGGCAUAUCUGCAGAUGGUAAUUCCUCUCCCUUCUUUUUUGAAAAAUUCAAGGAAUUGUCUGAACCAAAAGAAAAGAACAUUUCACUUAGCCCUCUCUUUCUACAAAUAGAUGAGGGAGAGAUUCGGGAAAGUAUUAAGCAUAGUGAAGAGCCAGGUAUUGUUGUAUUUGAAGAUGCAGCUAAUAAAGAAGCAAUGACUGAAGUGGGGAUGGAUCUUCUGCAGCCUCCUGCUAAUGUGACUUUUCUUCAGGCUGUUGAUCAACCAGAAGUGGCCUCUAGCUCAGAUGUGUUUUGGAGGCCUAUGCCCAAAUUGGCACCUCUUGGACUAAUGUCUUCUAAUGUUCCAAGUGAUCAAAGGGUAUUGGGGAACAAAUCUAUGCCAUCCUUGGCUUCCGCUGCAAUCCGAUUAAGUUUACCAAAACCUAUGGAUUAGAUUAUUAUUUUAUUUGGUCAUUUAUUAUUGGAUACAUUUUCAGGUUACUUGAAACAUAUAGUGUUGUACAUUGUAUCAGGUUUCUUCAACAGUGAAUGAAUUUGAAAUCUAAUGCUUAGAAAUCAUGUUUAAAUUACACACAAAAUUGAGUUAUCUUAAAAAAGAUAAACACCUGAAUCCCUACUUCCCAUUUUGCAGCAUGUUUUCUGCUAUAAAGUAACCAAUGCACUUUAAUGUAUAAUCGUGAUUUGUACAUAUGCUUUGGCUAAGCAGCGUUUGCAGAUAUUCUUCUCCAGCAGACGGACGAUGUAAAGCAUUCCUUAUGAGAUUUGUCUCCUGGAACAAUUUACACAAAGUAAACCAUAGGUGCCUCCAUCUCCAGUCUCUACAGCUCCGUCACCUUUCUGUCUGCACUUUACAAGACAAAUUGCUACAGCUUAUGUUUUGUCAGGAACAGUGUUAACUGUCACUUGAACACUCACCCCAGAUACUUGACAAUAAGUUCAUUGCUGCUUGAAUGACAAGCAAUCAUUGCUGUUAUCAAACUGAACAUGUAAAAUAUGUAUAUGUAUUUAUAUUUUUUAAACCAUUUUGUACACAGAUUUUUUUGUACACACGUGUAGAAUGUGAUACAUUUGUUAACGGAUUUACUGUAUUUCUUACUGUAGAUACUAAGUGUACGACUUGUGGUCCGCUCAUGUUUCAUUGAGCAAACUUUACAUUAUGAAAUUUGAGGAAGUCCCUGUUUUAAGGGGCCCCUGUCUGAGUUGGUAAACAUGUGAAUAUUUUUUUUUUUUCCUUCGUAUUAUUCAGUCUUGAGGUCUAUUCUGAGUUAAAGGGCUGGUCCUUCACCAAACUAAUAUUUUUUAAUUUGGGUUAGAAGCUGGUGGAAUGACCAACAGUUUCUUUUAUGUCCCUAGAUCUCCAGCAGAAACCUUGCACAAUCUUGGACCUUCCUUGGCACUGGUGUCCAUGGGGCAUAAAUGUUUAGUUCAUCACCCAUUGCUGAAAUGUGAUUUUAGACUUAGACUGAACUUUUAGUUUAAAUUUACAAAAUAUAUAAAGUACAUCUAAUUAAAAGAUGUGCAAAGUCUUAGGCUUUCUACAAACCAAACUCUACUGGCAGUAGAAAAAGGCUAAACAAGUCAAAAAAGCAGUACCACGUUUUGGCAUUUAUUUCAAUAGCAAAUACUCUGGCCAAUGAAAUUAAUAAACACCCAAGGGCUAAACGGGGCUAGCAUUUAGGUGCGUUUACAUGCAUUUUUGCCCAAAACGUUCCUCUCCUUAACACGAUUCUUGUCCAUUCAGGAAAGAGCUGUUUACUGCUCCUAAACUACGGUAAAUGCCUAUGUGUACAUGGACACACAGGCUUUUAUUGAUUUGAGUUUGGGGACUUUGGGGGAAAAAAACGCUCGAAUCUCCUAAACUGAGGUUUAGGAGCAGCCAGUGUACAUGAGACCUUUAGAGUUUGCUUUGUUUAGAAAGCAGCCACAUCCCAAAUAGAAAAGUCUGUUCCCCUGCCAGUUCGCUGCAGAGAAGGGCAAUUGUUCUUUGUAUGGAAGCAGUGGUGUCCCUGUAGAGGACUCCUGCUAAGUGAGACCUAUAGUAAAGUAAUCAGCAAAACUCUUACCCCCCUGUUCAUUGGACAGCUUAAAGAGAAGCUCCAGGCUCCUUCAGAAAAAAUGAAGCCAGGGGCUACAAAUUCUGUAGCUGCUGACUUUUAAGAUUAGGACACUUGCCUGCCCACAAAUCCAACAGUGUCUUCACCCCAGCCUAUUUGCUGCUGCCAUCAUUUCUUGUAGAGGAAACCAGUAGUGAAGCAUUGCGGCUUCACAGCCGGCUUCCUACUGUACAUGUGUGAAAUGCAUUGCGCUUUGUGAAUGGCUCAAUGGCGGGGGAAGGAAGAGGGGGCUGAACUUCCUGGUGACUUCACCUGUCAAGACCAGAUAGUCGCUCUGCCAUCUGAAAGGUGCCAAAUGGCAGUGGAGGGGGGGAGGAAGCAAAGAAGUGGAGCUCCGCUUUAAGCUCUAAUUCACUGCUUACAGAGAGCAAGGGUCCUUCUCUGCACCAAGCUUGUGCAGGGCAAGCUUUUCUACUCAGGCUGCUACUUUCCCAAGAUCUGUAAGCCUUUCUUUUUUUUUUUUUUUAUGGAACUUGAAUACAUUUAGAUGAUUUAAACCUAAAGUUCAGUUUGGCUGAAGAGUGGACUGACCCUUUACUCUGCCCUGAUAUAAAUUGGCAGAACAAUCAUGAUUGGUUAAGAAAAGGUGCAAGUUCCAGAGAUGUAAUUUUCAUUUUCCAACUUUAUUGCUUAGUAAUACCUGGAAGAGCUUUGGGAUUUCUGUCUUCACUUGUAUUGCUAUUCUGGUUAAGUGAGGAAGAAGAUUGUGAUUCUAUAGGUUGGGAAUGACACCUUGAGAACUUGCAUUUUCGAAAACAAAUUGGCAUUGGCAUUACCCAUAGAUGACUAGAUGUGCACAAGUAUUUUGAGUUUGUGCAGUAUUCUUGAGUUUCUCACUUUGUAGGAACAAUUUAACCCAGUAGGAAUGUCAUUCUGACUUAUGAAUUAGCUGCACACUAAUGAAAUGAAAUUGUAAUUGUCGCAGCAAGGACAGAGUAACCCAGUUAAACCUUCUUCUGCAAAGCAAUAAUUGUGAACUUGUCAUUCUGUAAUCCAUAGACCUAGACCCAGGCUGAGUUUGUCUGUCCUCAAAGACUAUGAAAUUGAGAAUAUCUUUUAUUUCCAUGUUAUACGUUAAAGAUGAAAAUAAUCAUUUACUAUCCAGAACUGGUCAUUUAUAUUUUGUCUAGAUGCAAAUCUGUUUGGUGCUAAAUAAAUCAUUGACAAGCAUAUUUGUCCUAAAAUUGA